UUUUCAGGUGACUACUCCGAAUUUUCGGUUGUUCCUUCGUAGAAAUGGCAUCUGCCCCACGCAAGCUACUUAGAAAUGCUGUCAGCCUUGUGAAUGUCACAACUAAAAGGAACUACGCCUUGCCACCUGACCCACUGGCCAGGUUCAAGGCGCUUGCCUCAGCCAACCCUGAGCCACCCCGUGUGCUCAUAACUGGCUCGCUUGGACAACUCGGACGUGGGCUGAACACGGUUUAUAAGUACAUGUAUGGAGAAGGAUGCGUCACCAUGACUGAUAUCGUCAAAUUACCUACGAACGCAGUUGAUGUCUCUGACUACGCCUAUCUGGAUGUUCUUAACAGAGAACGAAUUGAACAGAUGGUAGUAGACAAAGGAAUUGAUACGAUUGUGCAUUACUCAGCACUUCUCAGUGCCAUCGGUGAACAAAAUGUACCAUUAGCUCUGCAAGUCAACUGCCAUGGAGUAGAAAAUGUAUUGGAAGUAGCGAAGAGGCACAAUCUAAAAAUCUUCAUCCCGUCAACUAUUGGCGCUUUCGGCCCCACCACCCCUCCCGACAAUGUGCCAGAUGUCACUAUUCAAUGCCCCACAACCAUUUAUGGAGUGUCUAAGGUCUUCGCCGAAAGACUAGGAGAAUACUAUCAUCAUCGUUUCGGAGUUGAUUUCCGAAGUCUGCGCUUCCCAGGCAUUAUCUCAGCCACAAAGCCAGGAGGUGGAACUACAGAUUAUGCCAUCCAAAUCUUCUACGACGCCUUGGAGAAGGGAAAACAUACUUGCUAUUUGAAACCCGAUACACGAUUACCGAUGAUGUAUGAUACAGACUGCAUGGCUUCUGUAGUACAGUUCUUGGCUACUCCUGCUAAGUCGCUCACUCACAGAGUGUACAAUGUCACUGGAUUUUCUUUUACACCUGCGGAGAUAGCUGCUGCUAUCAAGAAGGUGAUGCCUCAUUUUGAGAUUGAAUAUGAGAUCUGCCCAAUUCGACAAGGAAUAGCUGACUCGUGGCCCAACUCACUGGAUGAUUCUGAAGCAAAGAAGGACUGGGGAUGGCAUAUCGAAUAUGGAAUGGACGAAAUGGUCGAAGUGAUGUUGGCACUGAUCCAACGAAAUGCCCAAGCUCAGGCUAAGCAAUCUACCGACACGCAGGCUGCAAAGCUUUAACUUGCCCGCUAGGCUUUCACUUAUACCAUAAAACCGGUUGCAAUUGACUUUAUGCCUUUAUUUAUGUGAUUUUGUAUCGUGGACAUAAACUUUAAUGUUUCCCCAU